AUGUUCUUGAAAGCAACCUUCGAACAAUACCUACCUCAUGAGCUCAAAAGCUCCGUCGACAAACACUCACAGAAACUCUUCAAUUUCUUCUCCCAUUACAUCCAAAUCAUGAGCUUCAACGAGUUCACCGGCGACCGCUUCAGGCGGAGCGACGUCUACGCCGCCAUCGAGACCUACCUUAGCUCCACCUCCGCCACCCAGGUGCGGCGGCUCAAGGCCGAUGCCGUCCGGGACAGCACGCCGGCGUCAAGGUCUGGUGGGGGCCUCCGGCAAGCACGUGGCCAAGAACCAGAAGUUUUCCUUCCAACCAGUAAACGACGAGCGACGACGUUUCUACAACCGGCGGCGGAAGCUCUACACCAACAGCGGCGCCGCGUGGAGUUCGAGCACCCGGCCACGUUCGAGACGCUAGCGAUGGAGCCGGAGAGGAAGCGGGGGUACCAGUAAGAUCACACUUUCUGGGCUGCUCAACUUCAUAGAUGGGCUGUGGUUGGCUUGCGGCGGGGAGAGGAUCACACUUUCCCGACGGCUGACUAUUUUUUAUCUUGUAAAUUACACUGAUUAAGACAUGAAGGAUAAUUUAGGUAUUUUAGAUAUAGAAUCAAGUUUUUAUAAUUAGUGGACAUUUUUAAUUUUUAACUUAAAAAAGUGGGCAUGAAAAGUUUCGCUUUUGAAA